UCACUCAGAGACAAAAUGGCUUCCAACUUAGAGGAGGAUCUCUGCUGUUCGGUCUGUCAGGAUCUCUUUAAGGAUCCGGUUGUUCUGUCAUGUAGCCACAGCUUCUGUAAGAAGUGUCUGAAGAACUGGUGGACAGAGAAACCAUCAAGAGAGUGUCCAGUUUGUAAGAGGAUAUCGUUCACCAGUGAUCCUCCCUGUAAUCUGGUUCUGAAGAAUCUGUGUGAGUCUUUCUUACAGCAGAGAGAGCAGAGAGCUUCAGAGGAUCUCUGCUCUCUGCACUCUGAGAAACUCAAACUCUUCUGUCUGGACCAUCAGCAGCCAGUGUGUCUCGUCUGCAGAGAUUCAGAAAAACACACCAAUCACAGAUUCAGACCCAUCGAUGAAGCUGCUCAGCAACACAAGAAGAACCUUCAGGAAACUCUGGAGCCUUUAAAGAAGAAGCUGGAGCUCAGGAAGAAAGUUCAGGAGGAGUUUGAUCAGACAGCAGAACACCUGAAGGUCCAGGCCCGACACACAGAGAGGCAGAUUAUGGAGCAGUUUAAGCAGCUUCAUCAGUUUCUAGCAGAGGAAGAGGAGGCCAGGCUGGCUGCACUGAGGGAGGAAGAGGAGCAGAAGAGAGGGAUGAUGAAGGAGAAGAUGGAGGCUCUGAGCAGAGAGAUAGCAGCUCUUUCAGACACAGUCAGAGCCACAGAGGAGGAGCUGAGAGCUGAAGACGUCUCAUUCCUGCACAACUACAAGGCUGCAGUGGAAAGAGUCCAGCGCUGCCCCCUGCUGGAGGAUCCACAGCUGCCCUCAGGAGCUCUGAUAGACCAGGCCAAACAUCUGGGCAACCUGGCCUUCAACAUCUGGAGCAACAUGGAGAACAUGGUGACCUACACUCCUCUGGUUCUGGACCCAAACACGGCUGGUCCAGGACUUCAUCUGUCUGAAGAUCUGACCAGUUUGACUGAAAGAGAGAAACAGCAGCUUCCUGAUAAUCCAGAGAGAUUUGAUUAUAGCUGGUCUGUUCUGAGUUCUGAUGGUUUUAACUCAGGGAACCACAGCUGGGAUGUUGAUGUUGGAAACAGUGAAGGCUGGAUACUUGGUGUGUUAGAAGAGUCUGUUCAGAGGAAGAGAGGCAUAAAGUCUGGAUGGUUCUACAUAGAGUUCUAUGAAGAUGAAUACUCAGCAUUUUCUCCACCAGCUCCUUCCACUCGUCUCUCAGUCCACAAGAAACUCCAGAGGAUCAGAGUGAAUCUGGACUGGGACAGAGGAAAGCUGUCCUUCUCUGAUCUGUAUACUAACACACACAUACACACCUUCACACACACCUUCACUGACAAGAUGUUUCCAUAUUUCUACACGUAUGAAAGAGUAAAGAUUCUACCAAUGAAGAUCUCAGUGAUCAAACAAACAGGAAAUAGUCCAGAGAGAAAAAAACUCAUAAAGAAAACACCCAGGAUUAUCUGUGUCACCUGCCUUCCACUAAGCUACCGACUCAGGCGACCAGGGAGAAAACUGAGGAACCAGAUACUGGAACACAGACUGCUGCUGGAGGAAAAACAAAGAAAUCAAAGUGAAACUUCACUCGGAGACAAAAUGGCUUCCAGGUUAGAGGAGGAUCUCUGCUGUUCGGUCUGUCAGGACGUCUUUAAGGAUCCGGUUCUUCUGUCAUGUAGCCACAGCUUCUGUAAGGAGUGUCUGAAGAACUGGUGGACAGAGAAACCAGUAAAAGAGUGUCCAGUUUGUAAGAGGAGAUCUUCUAAAGAUAAUCCACCUUUAGAUCUAGCUCUGAAGAAUCUGUGUGAGUCUUUCUUACAGCAGAGAGAGCAGAGAGCUUCAGAGGAUCUCUGCUCUCUGCACUCUGACAAACUCAAACUCUUCUGUCUGGACCAUCAGCAGCCAGUGUGUCUCGUCUGCAGAGAUUCAGAAAAACACACCAACCACAGAUUCAGACCCAUCGAUGAAGCUGCUCAGCAACACAAGAAGAAACUUCAGGAAACUCUGGAGCCUUUAAAGAAGAAGCUGGAGCUCAGGAAGAAAGUUCAGGAGGAGUUUGAUCAGACAGCAGAACACCUGAAGGUCCAGGCCCGACACACAGAGAGGCAGAUUAUGGAGCAGUUUAAGCAGCUUCAUCAGUUUCUAGCAGAGGAAGAGGAGGCCAGGCUGGCUGCACUGAGGGAGGAAGAGGAGCAGAAGAGAGGGAUGAUGAAGGAGAAGAUGGAGGCUCUGAGCAGAGAGAUAGCAGCUCUUUCAGACACAGUCAGAGCCACAGAGGAGGAGCUGAGAGCUGAAGACGUCUCAUUCCUGCACAACUACAAGGCUGCAGUGGAAAGAGUCCAGCGCUGCCCCCUGCUGGAGGAUCCACAGCUGCCCUCAGGAGCUCUGAUAGACCAGGCCAAACAUCUGGGCAACCUGGCCUUCAACAUCUGGAGCAACAUGGAGAACAUGGUGACCUACACUCCUCUGGUUCUGGACCCAAACAUGGCUGGUCCAACCCUCCAUCUGUCUGAUGAUCUGACCAGUUUGACUGUAUUAGAGAAACAGCAGCUUCCUGAUAAUCCAGAGAGAUUUGGUGAUAAUUACUGGUAUUCUGUUCUGAGUUCUGAGGGUUUUAACUCAGGGAACCACAGCUGGGAUGUUGAUGUUGGAGACAGUAAAUACUGGAGACUUGGUGUGUUAGAAGAGUCUGUUCAGAGGAAAGGACUCAUAAAGUCUGGAUUGUUUUAUAUAUGGUUCUUUGUAGGUCAAUACUCAGCAUGUUCUCCACCAGCUCCUUCCACUCAUCUUUCAGUCCAGAAGAAUCUCCAGAGGAUCAGAGUGAAUCUGGACUGGGACAGAGGAAAACUGUCCUUCUCUGAUCUGGAUACUAACACACACAUACACACCUUCACACACACCUUCACUGACAAGAUGUUUCCAUAUUUCUACACUAAUAAAACAGUAAAGAUUCUACCGAUGAAGAUCUCAGUGAUCAAACAGCAGCUCUCUUCACUCAGAGACAAAAUGGCUUCCAGGUUAGAGGAGGAUCUCUGCUGUCCGGUCUGUCAGGACGUCUUUAAGGAUCCGGUUCUUCUGUCAUGUAGCCACAGCUUCUGUAAGGAGUGUCUGAAGAACUGGUGGACAGAGAAACCAUCAAGAGAGUGUCCACUUUGUAAGAGGAGAUCUUCUAAAUUUGAUCCUCCCUGUAAUCUGGUUCUGAAGAAUCUGUGUGAGUCUUUCUUACAGCAGAGAGAGCAGAGAGCUUCAGAGGAUCUCUGCUCUCUGCUCUUCUGUCUGGACCAUCAGCAGCCAGUGUGUCUCGUCUGCAGAGAUUCAGAAAAACACACCAAGCACAGAUUCAGACCCAUCGAUGAAGCUGUUCAGCAACACAAGAAGAACCUUCAGGAAACUCUGGAGCCUUUAAAGAAGAAGCUGGAGCUCAGGAAGAAAGUUCAGGAGGAGUUUGAUCAGACAGCAGAACACCUGAAGGUCCAGGCCCGACACACAGAGAGGCAGAUCAUGGAGCAGUUUAAGCAGCUUCAUCAGUUUCUAGCAGAGGAAGAGGAGGCCAGGCUGGCUGCACUGAGGGAGGAAGAGGAGCAGAAGAGAGGGAUGAUGAAGGAGAAGAUGGAGGCUCUGAGCAGAGAGAUAGCAGCUCUUUCAGACACAGUCAGAGCCACAGAGGAGGAGCUGAGAGCUGAAGACGUCUCAUUCCUGCACAACUACAAGGCUGCAGUGGAAAGAGUCCAGCGCUGCCCCCUGCUGGAGGAUCCACAGCUGCCCUCAGGAGCUCUGAUAGACCAGGCCAAACAUCUGGGCAACCUGGCCUUCAACAUCUGGAGCAACAUGGAGAACAUGGUGACCUACACUCCUCUGGUUCUGGACCCAAAUACAGCAGGUCCAGAACUCCAUCUGUCUGAAGAUCUGACCAGUUUGACUGGAGGAGAAGAACAGCAGCUUCCUGAUAAUCCAGAGAGAUUUGAUUAUUGCUGGUCUGUUCUGAGUUCUGAGGGUUUUAACUCAGGGAACCACAGCUGGGAUGUUGAUGUUGGAGACAGUUCAUUCUGGGAUCUUGGUGUGUUAGAAGAGUCUGUUCAGAGGAAUGGAAGGAUAACGUCUGGAUUGUUUUGCAUAGAGUUCAAUGGAUGUAGCUACUCAGCAUGUUCUCUACCAGCUCCUUCCACUCGUCUCUCCAUCCAGAAGAUUUUCCAGAGGAUCAGAGUGAAUCUGGACUGGGACAGAGGAAAACUGUCCUUCUCUGAUCUGGAUACUAACACACACAUACACACCUUCACACACACCUUCACUGACAAGAUGUUUCCAUAUUUCUACACAAAUAAAACAGUAAAGAUCCUAACAAUGAAAAGCUCAGCGAUCAAAUAUGAGCUCUGAUGAUCUCAGCAUGAA